AUGGUGUUGGUCAUGGCGUCUCAGAAUGCUCAGAACUUCUUCCAGCCUCUCUCUUCCUGGAUAUCUCGGGUUUGUGAAGCUCUCCAGCAAGCAGGAGAUAUGUUAUCUGCUUCGCUGGUUAACUUAAACAAACAAGACUCUAAAUUGAGUGAAAAGCUAGACCAGGACUUAGAUGAUAUUCAGAUUCAGGAAGCUUACUUUGAAGAUGAAGAACAAGGCAAUGAUUGCCGUCAAGAGGAUGCAAAUCCCUUGUUUCUUGAAGUGGAUCAUUUCUCCUAUUGUAAUAGUGAUUUGCAGGACUCUGCCCAAAGUUCAAGCCCCAGACUUAGCCAACACGAAAAGGACUCAUGUUCCAUAAUGUCCCAGUGGCCCAAUCAGACCCUUGAUGACCAAAAGCCACCACAUGUGCUUUCUUCUAUUGCUGAGGAAGAACAUCACCUUGGAAAGCAAAGGAGUGGCCUUCAGCACAGCUUUGACAGCCAGCAAUCUGGUAUUUUAGGAAAUGGUAAUGGAAAAAUGCAAGUUAACAGCUUUGGAGAUGAUGAAGAGCCAUGCACAUCUUCUGACAGUGACGAGGAGGUGAUCAAACAAUUUGAGAUUUCCGUGUCCCGGUCCCAGAGUUUUCGUUCAGAAGCAUCUAAGAGAGGCAAACAGGUGGGGUUAGAGCAGAAAUCAAAAUUCAGCCACCUGCUCUCUACCCACGAAGAGGACAACACAGAAGUGUCUGCCUGUGAAGGUUUGGAUGGAACCAGCCAACCGAACUAUUCUGGGACUCUGUCUUAUGGUAAAGAUGAUCCCGUCUCUGCCCCCUCACAGUCCCCACAGGAGGUGGGGGACACCAGGCACCCUGGUGCCUCUCCUCAGGAGACCGGUGUGCCUCGCAGCCUCAGUCGCCAGUCCACAGAAGGCAGCUUGGAAUUGGAGACAGCUUUUAAUAACCGGGGAUUUGAAGACUCCUAUGCUACUGACAGCAGCUCCGUGUGGAGUCCAGAGGAACAGGAAGGGGCCAAUUUUCAGGUGCCGACUGGGGUCCUGGAGCCCAUCUCAAAAUGUGGUGACUUGGAUGUCAUCUUUGAAUAUAAAGGUUCCAGCCAGAAACUCACAGUGACCAUUGUGAGAGCGCACGGUCUCCCGGAUAAGGACCGAAGUGGUGUUAACUCCUGGCAAGUUCACGUAGUGCUGCUGCCCAGUAAGAAACAGAGGGGAAGGACAAGCAUACAGCGGGGCCCCAACCCUGUCUUCAAGGAGAAGGUCACCUUCACCAAGCUGGAGCCCAGAGAGGUGGCUGCCUGGGCUGUUCGCUUCCGCCUGUAUGCUGCCCGCAAGAUGACCCGUGAGAGAAUGAUGGGAGAGAAGCUGUUCCAUCUCAGCCACCUGAACCCAGAAGGGGAAAUGAAAGUGACUCUGGUUCUAGAGCCAAGAAGUAAUAUCAGUAGUGGAGAGUCCCCGCUCAGCCCAUCUGCAGUUUCUCACAGUGAUAGCGCUUCAUCCACGCAGUCGCUGUCUCAUGGAGGGGUGCCAGAGCUGCUGGUGGGGCUGUCCUACAAUGCCACAACGGGGCGAUUAUCUGUGGAAAUGAUCAAAGGCAGCCAUUUCCGAAACCUCGCUGUUAAUAGAGCGCCUGAUACAUAUGGGAAGCUCUUUCUUCUCAACUCUGUGGGUCACGAGAUGUCCCGCUGUAAGACAUCCAUUCGACGUGGUCAGCCCAAUCCUGUCUAUAAGGAGACCUUUGUUUUCCAGGUGGCCCUCUUUCAGCUCUCUGACGUCACGUUGAUGAUUUCCAUUUAUAACAGGCGUACUAUGAAGCGUAAAGAGAUGAUCGGUUGGAUUGCUCUGGGCCAAAACAGUAGUGGAGAAGAGGAACAAGACCACUGGGAGGAAAUGAAGGAGACAAAAGGUCAGCAGAUCUGCAGAUGGCACACCUUGCUCGAAUCCUAGUUCUGCCCACAGGCAUUUGUGUGCUGCAUCCGCCCUGGCGACCUGCGUUUUGGCCACACACACCAACUCAGCAUAUGCUGGUGGGCUUUUUAAAGACAGGCUUACAAAUAGGGAUUAGUCUUCUAACCUCUGGGACAUUCUGGGCAGGGUCUUUGGUCUCUCUGAGUUUGAUUUGUAUUUAAAUAUUGUAAUUAAAAAAAAACCAACCACAUACACAUGGUCAAGUGUACUUGAUGGAAAAUUAACCAGAGUUGAGAACAGUGAUGAAUUAAUUUGUGUUCAUAGCUUAGUGUGUCUGGGUUCAGCUUAUGGAAUGAAGCUUCUCUUGCUGUCUCCGUUUGCUUGAAGAAUAACCUGAGAUUGCAGGGGGGCUGUUAAAUCUUACUAUUUGUACCCAGGUAUGUGUAUCAAUCAGAAUUUUGUUAAUAUGGUGCCAAACCCCCCCAAGUACAGAAAUGAAUCAGAUGCCGAGGCUCAUAAAAGAAUGUAACCGUCAUCCACAACCCCCUACUUUGCAUUUUUGUCUUUAUGAAAAAAUCCCUCAUUCAUUUACCUAACAAAUAAGUGUUAUAAACGUGUACUUAUAAAACACAUUUGUAUUCAUUAUAUACCUUUCUUUAUCUCACAUAUAUAUUAUGGUUUCCUGUGAGAUUUUGGUUAAAUUAAUCAUUUUGAAGGUUAAAGAAAGAGUUUAAAAACACUGUUGAAAGAUAACUUGUCUGCUUUUCAUUGGUAAGAUGUCCAACUUAUAAUUUUCAAGGUUUUUAUGCUAUAGUUCUCACCUAAGAUAGUCCUACAGAAUGAGAUGAAAACCAAAAAUACCUAUUCAAGUCAUGGAUUUGCUGAUUUUCUGAAAUGGGCGUUUUCCUUACGUUACACGUUUUCUAUAUUCAGUGAUGUGUACCCAUACAUAUAUUUUGAACAUCCACCUGCUUGUAAACCAAAUUCUUUUUAAUGCACUAUUUUCCAUGAUUAGGGCAUAGUUGAUGGUACAUAGUGGGUCUUUAAUAAAUGUUAAUUUGAUUGACUCUUAGAAAUGAA